AUGACCUGGGAGGACACCAGGCAUGGGGGGGGGGGGGGGCGAGCCCCCCCCACUGCAGUGCUGCAGGGAUCAGGGUGGCUCUGGGGUGGACACCCAGCCUGCAGUUCUUGCUGUGGAGGUGGGUGCUGCCUGGGGCCGGCAGGUACUGGGCUGCGCUGGGUGCUCGGGGCAGGCCAGCUCUUAUCCCAUCCCCUUCCCCUGUUCUGUCCUCUCGCCAGCUGGAGGAGGCUCCUGGAUGCAGCGCGGCCUGUGGGGCGUGGGGAGGGCGUGGGGCGUCUGACGCCCCCGCCGGGAUCGCCAAGAGCCAUGACUUCAACUGUGCAGACGCUGCGCUUCAAGCUGCUGCCGCACGACACUGGGCAGGAGUGGGUGCACAGCUGCGAGCAGGAGAUUGAGCGCCAGUACCAGGUGGUGCCCUCUGUCGUGUGCGCCAUGUGCUGCCUCUUUGGGAUCAUCUACUGCUUCUUCGGCUACCGCUGCUUCAAGGCCGUCAUGUUCCUGACCGGGCUGAUGUUUGGCUCCAUCAUCAUCUUCAUGCUGUGCUACAAGGAGCGGGUGCUGGACACGCAGCUGAGCGUGGAGGCCUCGGUGGGCAUUGGGCUGGGCAUCGGUGUCUUGUGCGGGCUGGUCACCAUGCUGGUGCGCAGCGUCGGGCUCUUCAUGGUGGGGCUGCUGCUGGGGUUGCUGCUGGCGCUGGCCACGCUGGUGGCCAUGGAGCAGUUCUACCACCCGCCCACAGUGUGGAUCCCCAUCGGGCUGCUGCUGGGCGUGGGCAUGCUCGGCGCCGUGCUCACCCUGCAGUGGCAGAAGUUCUUCACCACCCUCUCCACGGCCGUCUUCGGCAGCGCCAUCAUGACCGUCACCGUCGACUACUUCAUCGAGCUGCUGCUGCUGGUGCAGUACGUCUACGAGCGCGUCAAGGUGGCGCCCGCGCGGCCCAUGUGCUGGUACAGCUGGGUCAUCCUGGGCGUCUGGCCUGUCCUCGCCAUGCUGGGCGUGCUGGUGCAGUGGAAAGUCACGGCCGAGGGGUACUCCCACACCGAAGUGGUUAUCAGCCGGCAGCAGCGCCGGGUGCAGCUGAUGAGGAUCAAGCAGCGGGAGGAGCGGAAGGAGAAGAAGAAGAAGCGGAGGCCCCCCCAUCCCCUUCCCCACCCACACAAGGCCCACCUGCCCGAGCCCAGCUACCGACGCAAGCCAACCCCCGUGCGCCGCUUUGACGGGGACGUGCUCUCCCCUAGCUACAUCCAGAGUUUCCGGGAGCGGCAGACGGGGACGUCGCUGAGCAGCCUCAUCACAAGCACGCACGCCGUGGUCGACCUGGACUAUGACUGUGGCUCUACAGUGCCCUUGACCAUGGGCUCUGGCCCAGCUCUUCGGGUAUAG